UCCCUCUCAGCUAAAGCAACAGGCUGGCUGGCUGCUCACAAAGAAGACAUUCUGGGCUGGGCCGUUUCUCUCUUUCUUUUCUUUUUCCUCUCUGCUGUUGUUUAUACUUCUUUUUGUUUCUGUACUUUAACUCCCACCACCUUAAUACGUACGAAUUUGAGAAAUCGACUCUGACAACCUCGCUGUAAUAUAGUACAAACCAAAAACACUUUUUGUUGCCCACCAUGUCGGAUUCUCCACCCACCGUAAACUCAACGCCUCCUCCAGUGGUGGAACCCACCGCAGCACCACCGUCCGACUCUCCAAAGCCUAAUCCUCCACUUGCCUCGGGUAUUCAACAAAAACCGAAGAAUUUGGAAAAUGCUAUGUGGGUAGGCAACCUCCCAACCGAUACCACACCUGAAGAGCUUCGUGAUUUCUUCUACGAUGAGGACUUUUUGACGGUAUUUCAUAUUUCGAAAACUCACUGCGCCUUUGUCAACUACAAAUCGUAUGAAGCGGUAUUAAGAGCUGUCAAAAAACAUCAUGAAGCAGAGUUCCAUGGUAUCAAACUUGUGUGUCGUCCACGCAAGCAAAACCACCUCACGGCUCGAGGGAUGGUGGCUUCGCCAAGACAUCUUCACACUUCGCAGACGUCUUCGUCCGAUGCUAUGCCCAUGUUGCCUCCACCCAUGAUGUAUUUGCCACAAGGCGGCGUCACGGGCUCCAUGCGGUUUAAUCAAUAUCCAGGCGAUCCGCGAUUCCAUACCCUAUCGACCAUGCCACCUACCAGCAUACCUCAACAAGUCCCCAGCCCUGGCACGCCAGCCGAUUAUCGACCUCGCCGGACCUCACAAUUGAGUCGUUCGUCACGGGAUUCCAGCCCUCGCUCGGCUCAACCACCACCUUCUCCUCAAGAACGGCAUCCGUCCAUUGAUUCCAACGCCAGUAAUCCCAGCGUACGAUACUUUAUUCUCAAGAGUUUAACCGCCGAUGAUCUGGAUAUCAGUGUGGAACGAGGUGUAUGGGCCACCCAACCCCAUAAUGAAGCUAGUUUGAACCGUGCUUUCAAAACCUCAUCGGCUGUGUAUCUGAUCUUUAGCGCCAACAAGAGUGGGGAGUUUUAUGGAUACGCUCGUAUGCUUCAGCCCAUUGUGUCCAACCCUCCUUCAUCGCCUUCUACCCAAGUUCAAUGGACGCCGGUAGCAAUAGAAGAGGAUGAAGAGGAAGGUGGCGCUCCAGACCAUGUUAAUCCCCCACCGGAGCCAGUGGAAGAGGAUGCUGGCAAUGAAAAGCGAUGGGGCAAUGCGUUCAAAGUGCAGUGGAUCAAAGUGCAACGACUUCCAUUCAGCCAAACUCGCCAUCUUCGGAACAGUUGGAAUAAUAAUCGAGAAGUCAAGGUGUCAAGGGAUGGCACAGAGUUGGAAACAGCCGUGGGGGAAAUGUUAUUGCAAGGAUUCCAUUGGGCUGAACAGCAACAAUUGUAUCAACAGCAACCACCACCACCACAGGCUCCUCCACCGCCUUCCUACCAACCCAUGAUGUAUAAUACCUUACAUGUUCUCGACCCAAGACGAUGCCUAGUGAUACCAAGGUGGUGUUGCUCAAUAGGACCCUUCGAUUUUAUUCAAAUCUCGCCGGUCAAAAGCAACAGACUCAACCAAAGAAAAAAAAAAUGAUCAACUUGGAACCAAUGCUUUCUUUCUUUCUUUCUUUCUAUGCCUUUUCCCCCUUUCUUUUGCAUGCCGUUUUGAAGAUCCCUCUCUCUUUUAUCCCAUUGUACAUAACAAGAGCUUUUCUGGAGAUAACCAAAAUUCCCU